UUUAAGAAGUUAGCAUUUAAAGAGGGGCACGAAGUAUCAAACUCAAAACUCAUAGCUGGACAAGAAAUUGUAAAAAAGUGUAAAGGUGUUCCGUUAGCAGUAAAGACUUUGGGAAGCAUGAUGCGAUCAAAAAUUAGUGAAAGUGAAUGGUUGUCUGUCCUAGAAAAUGAUGUAUGGAAGUUGCUUGAGAGUAAAAGUGAUAUUGGUCCAGUGUUGAAAUUAAGUUAUGAUCACUUGUCAAAUUAUUCAAGGCAAUGUUUUGCAUUUUGUGCAAUGUUCCCCAAAGAUUAUGAGUUUGAUAAGGAGAGGUUAAUUCAGUUAUGGAUUGCUCAAGGUUAUAUUCAAUCUUGGAGUACUCAAGGUGGAAAUGAAAGUUUAGAAAAGAUUGGAGAUAGAUACUUCAAUGAAUUAUUAUUUAGGUCAUUUUUUCAGAGGGAUAAGUAUUGUUAUAAAAUGCAUGAUCUCAUCCAUGAUCUUGCACGGUCAAUAGCAGGGGAUAGUUGCUUUAUGGCAAAUGAUAAUGCUAACUAUAUUCCUGAUGGAGUCCAACAUUUGUAUUUUGAGGGACUGCCUUCUGACGAAUGCUUGAGGCAACUUAAAUAUAAGGGUUUAAGGACACUGUUUUUCUCAAAACUUCCUCGUGGGUUAGACAUAUCUUUUGAUAAUGUUAUUUCACAUUGUAGAAGUUUACGUGCAUUGAGUUUAUGCGAGUCAAAUAUCAAUAAAUUGACAAAUUCAAUUGGAAAGUUGAAGCACUUGAGGUAUCUUGAAAUAUCAGGAAAUCAAGAUAUCAAAUCACUUCCAAACUGUGUUAGCAGUUUGUAUAAUUUGCACACUGUAAUACUCAGAAAUUGUCAGGAACUUAGAGAAUUGUUGACAAACAUAAGAAAAUUGAUUUGUCUUAGACACCUCCUAAUUGAUCAAUGUCAUAGUCUUGAAUGCAUGCCAGUGGGGUUGGGGAGAUUAACUAGCUUGCAAAGGUUACCAACUUUCAUUGUGGGAACAAAUCAAAGAAGGAGAUGUUCCACAUUGAAUGAAUUGAAUAGCCUAAACCAGCUUAGAGGUGAUAUCUCCAUUAAAGGACUAAGACAUGUGAAAAGCAUUGCAUUGGAGUCUAACAAAGUAAAUCUCAAGGAAAAGAAACACCUUCGUUCCUUGAAUUUUGAUUGGCAGGGCAUGAGAGACAGCCACUUUCGCUCUUUGAUUUUGGUUGAGAACAGAGAUAGUGAAGAUAUUGAGUUGUUGUUGGAUAACCUACAACCUCACCCUAACUUGAAAGAAUUGUCGGUUGGGUACUAUGAAGGUGUGAAGAUUUCAAAUUGGCUUUCUUCUAUUGCAAAUAUCGUCAAAAUUGAUAUAGAAUGGUGUCCAAAAUGUGAGCAUCUGCCAAGGUUGGAACAUCUCCCUUCUCUGGAAUAUCUCAGUCUUCGAUCCUUCCAUUCUCUAGAGUAUAUAUCGGAUAAGAAGUCUUUUUCAUCUGCAGCAUCAACAACAACAUUCUUCCCAUCCCUAAAGAUUCUUAUACUUAGGAACUGCCCUAAUCUGAAGGGAUGGUGGAGAACGUGGAGGGACGCUGAGCUAGUGCCUCAAUUUCCUUGUCUUUCUGAAUUAACCAUCUUUAAUUGCCCUAAACUGAGUUUGAUGCCAACAUUUCCAUCUCUAGACAAGAAGCUAUGGCUUUCUAAUGCCAACAAAAGACCAUUGCAUCAGACAUUGAACGUCACAGCAACAGCUUCCACAUUACCAUCAAUGUCUUCUUUUCCUUCAUCAGUUACUACUCCACUAUCCAAAUUACAGUCCUUGAUUUUACGGGAUGUUGAGGAUCUAGCAUCUCUACCAAAAGAGUGGAUGCAGAACCUCACCUCUCUUGAGAAUCUAACAAUCCGCUUCUGCAAGGAGCUUAGUGAUGAGGAGGAUCUGUUGUCUCUUCAUGGAGUUACCAAAUUGCGGUGUCUCUACAUUGAAAAUUGUUCUAAUUCCACGGCUUUACUUGACUGGAUAGGCAAUAUCACAUCAAUUGAAAAUCUAGAGAUCAAUGAUUGCCCCAAUUUGGCAUCCCUACCAAAAGGAAUGCGUCAAAUCACUACUUUACAAGAAAUGAGUAUUGCUGGUUGCCCUCAAUUGUCUGUAAGAUGUAGUAACCAUAUGGCUGCAGAUUGGCCCAACAUCUCUCACAUUCCAAAUAUCAGGAUUGAUUAUCGUUAUAUUCAAAAAGGGGGCCGUUAUUUACUAUCAUGAGAAGUAGGAUCAUCUGAUUCCACAGAGCUAAAAUAAAAAGAAAGGAUUAUUCAACAGGAUUAUUCAGCCACUUCAAAAUAUACUUCUCUCCUUCUUGAAUAAGCAAUUUCGAAGUUGAACCUUUCUAAUAAGGGUGAUAGAUUUCAUUAUAGUUCCUUUUUCCAUUAUUACUAUGCAGUGCUGACGUAAAUUCAGAUGAAAGGAUCAUCAGCUGCUUCUACAAGAUAUAUUUCUACCCAUCUGGGUGCAAAGUUGGAAGGAUGUUACUACAACCAUUGGAAUAAUCCUCAAAUUCCAACAAUUGGAAUUACAGAAACAUUGUUUAUAGCAUUGGAGUGCAAUAUUACUGGCAUUGGAGGUGUGCUUAGGAACUGUUAUGGUCUAUUUCUUUGUAAGUUUUCUUAUCCUGUUGCUGUCAUGGACUCUGACAAAGCAGAACUGUUAGCUGUGCUUAAGGAUCUUUCUCUCUCUUUUUCAUUGCUGUGGGCCAAAGACUUCAGUAUCAAAGUGGAAUCCGAUUCUAUGAAUGUUGUUUCAUGACUUUCAUAUUCAAUGGAAUGGAGUGUCCCUGGGAAUUUUGUGCUUGUUUUAAUGAGAUUGCAAAUUUAGUUUCUUUAUUUAGAGAAGUCAUAUUCUCUCAUGCUCUUAGAGAAGUUAAUUCAAUUGCUGAUGGUUUUGCAAAGUAAAUUGUCCAUCGAACUGUUGAUUUUCAAGCUUGGAUUUAGUUGUUUUCAUUGUUUCUGUUAUUUAAUCAUUUGACUGAAAUUUCAGGUGACAACUUUGUAAUAGAACUUCUAAGGCUUCAAGUUACAGGGGUUGUCUUCUAGUUUUCUCUACAGUCAGAUGUUUGUUGCUAAAUUCCUGUUUUUUUUUUUAAUUGUUUUGUUGUAUUUUGUUUCUCCAGGUUUUUUCACUUAGCAUAUUUUUGCUUAGUUUUGGGUGUAUUGGGAAGGUCUGUUGACCUGAGUUUUAGUUAGCAAAUUUAUGCUAAGUUUUUCCUGGAUUUUAUUAUAAAUAAAAUUAUUUGAUUUAUAUA